GUUGACUUGACGGUGGAAAUAUGGAUAAAUUACGCGCGAUGGUUGUUAAUGGUUGUAGGAGAUAACAGUGAAAAUGAAGAAAUUUAGGACAGUGCUGGACGGUUUACGAUCGUCCGUCGCAGCACCGACGAAAUCGGAGAUGGAGAUCGAGGAAACGUUGCGGACGGAGCAUUUCCAAGUGUGUAAGACUGUUCGACAUGGGUUUCCAUAUCAACCAACGUCUGUUGCCUUCGAUCCAGUUCAACGCAUUCUAGCUAUUGGUACCAAAUCGGGCUCACUGCGGAUAUUAGGGCGUCCUGGGGUGGACUGUCACUGUCGUCAUGAUGGAGAUGUCGCUGUCAUCCAGAUUCUAUUUCUCAUCAAUGAGGGUGCUCUUGUCACAGUCUGUUCAGAUGACACUCUUCACCUGUGGAAUUUCCGACAGAAACGACCGGAGAUUGUCAACACUCUCAAGUUUCAAAGAGAAAGGAUAACACAUUGUCAGCUUCCCUUCCAAAGCAAGUGGUUGUAUAUAGGAACUGAGCGUGGCAAUGUCCAUGUGGUUAACAUUGAAUCUUUCCAGCUGUCAGGUUACGUUAUCAACUGGAACAAAGCCAUUGAGCUAUGCCGGCGCACUCACCCGGGCCCAGUGGUUCACCUCAGCGAUAACCCCAUGGACCCUAAUAAAUUAUUAAUAGGUUUUGAAUCAGGAACUGUUGUAAUGUGGGACUUACGACACAAAACAGCUGAAUUUAGAUAUAACUCUCCAGAGGCUUUACGGUCGAUAUGCUGGCAUCAUGAUGGCAAACAGUUCAUGUGCAGUCACUCAGAUGGCAGUCUGACAACAUGGAAUAUUAAACAGUUUCAGAAACCAGUCAGUGUCAUGAUGCCACAUGCAAAAAUAGGGAAAGAUGGAAAACCAGACCCUUGCAAACCAAUCACCAAAGUGGAAUGGAGGUCAGUCAGGAAUGGAGAACCCUUAGUGAUAUUUUCUGGAGGAAUGUCAUACGACAAAGCAGGAAGGACACCUAGUGUGACUGUGAUGAACGGCAAGAGUACGACUGUUCUGGAGAUGGAGCACAAUGUGGUGGACUUUGUGGUGCUGUGUGAGACACCAUGGCAGAACGAAUUCCAAGAGCCCUAUGCUAUAGUGGUACUGCUGCAGAAUGACCUGGUGGUUGUGGACCUCACUUCACCAGGUUACCCUUGCUUUGAAAACCCUUACCCAAUGGAUAUUCAUGAGUCCCCUGUGACUGCAUGCCAGUACUACGCAGACUGCCCACCUGAUCUAAUACCUGCAUUUUACUCGGUUGGCUCCAAACAAAAACGAAGUGGUUUUAGUGAAAAGGGCUGGCCUGUAAAAGGAGGGGAGUGGGGAACUACAACUUGCAGUUACCCAGAAAUCAUUAUCACAGGACAUGCCGAUGGAUCAAUCAAGUUCUGGGAUGCUUCAGCGGUGACCUUGCAAGUCCUAUAUAAACUGAAAACUGCCAAAACCUUCGAGAAACCAAAAAGUCGUAGUGCUGAUGGCCAGGAUGAUGACCCGUUUGCCAUCCAGAUGAUCCACCUCUGUGCGGAGAGUCGCAUCCUGCUGGUGGCUGGCGCCACCCACGUCAUCCUCUACAGGUUCAGUAAGCAGGAGAUCAACGCAGAAGUCCCAUGUUUAGAAGUUACCAUAUUGUACGAUGUAUACGACGACCUAGACUCUCCAGAGUUUGAGUACCCAAAGCCAAGUCUGGGUGCUGUCACUCAACAGAGCGGAAGUCUAGGCUCCUGCUCACAGUCCAGUAAUACAUCGGAUUGUCCAAAGGACAAUGUCACCAGUGUGAAGGUAAGGACUGGCGCCCGGAAGUGGGGGCCUGGGUACCAGCCGUGCCUGGCCAGCGUCCUUACCUGGGUAGACGGAGAACCCCCGGGGAACGUCACAAGUAUCUCCCUCAACUCUUCCUAUGGACUCAUGGCAUAUGGAAAUGAGUCUGGCUUGGCAAUUAUAGACUUUCUGCAAAAGACAUGUUUGCUAAACCUGGGCACCCCAGAUUUAUAUGGCUCCAUGGACCCUUAUCAGAGGGCACCCAGGUCCCCAAAGGGCAAACGACCUGUGAAUCUUGAGUGUGUUAGUCAAACCCCUGCCUUCAACGAGGAAGUGAAGUCCCCUACAAAUGAUCAAUUCACCCCUUCCCCCUUUUUGAACGGCUCCCCUAGUCAGCCAGUGUCUUCCCCCAUCACUAAAUUCCGUUUUCAAGAACAGGGAUUGUCAACAAUUUCUGAGAAGCCUAAGGGAUCACCCCAUAAUGCAAAAGGGCAUGAGAAGCUGAAAAAAAGGCGUUCAAAACUUUCUGUAACUGUACCUGGAGACUCGCCUGAUACAAAACUUGCCGCCAGUGACUCUGAGGCUCUAGAAAGCCCAGACAAAGAUCCUCUCAGUCAGACAUGGCAUUUUGUUAAGUCAGAGCAUCGCCCCCGCACAAGUAGCCCAGUCUCACAGCAGGUCUUCAAGAUGCCUGCCCACAAAACAGUGUCGGAUCCUUUCGGGAGAAGUCAUGUCCCUCACCAGAUACCACAGAUUCCUCCAAAAGUGUCGGAGGACUUGUAUAAAAACUCCACUUUGCGGCGGUCAUCCUCUAAUCCUGAACUGUCCGUUCUGGACACAUGUAAACCUGAAGGCGAAGAGCCAAAACUGAAGUCAAAGAAAUCCUUAAAACACCGAAUUAGUAAGAAACUGAAACACUUCAGAAAAGAUCAUGAUAAGCAUUCACCUGAAGUUAUGAUAUCUCCUCAUCAGCCAGAGCAUACCUUGACAUGCUCUCCAGCGACGACGGAGACCGAAGAAGUUACGUGCUCGGAAAACAACAACAUCAAGUUUGAGUUUGAGCAGAGUGACGGUAGUGGUGUGGUGGAGGAAGGUGUGGAGGCCACAGAGAGCCUGACAGAGGCUGGUGAGGAGGGCGAGACUGACCCCAGGGGCAGCACCAGCAGUGACAAAAUCAACCCUGCAGAUGCACCAAAGGGCUUCUUGCGUCGUGUCAGUACAAAGAUGAGUGUCAAGCUCAAGUCACUGAGUACCAAGAAUGAGCUGGAGGAGGAAGGGCAGGGUGGGGAAGGUGGCCGCAGUAAGUCUAAACACAAGCGGCCUAAGGAUCCAUUCAAAGUGGAGGUUGUAGACCUUAGUGAAGACAGUGUCAAGGAAGUACCAAAUGUACGGCUAGUCAGCCUCACUCAGAUCAUGCACGGAAAGUUCAAUGAUAAAACAGAUGGCUCAUCGUUUUCUCGGUCAAGAAGCUCGAGCAUGUCAAGCUUGGAAAACGUCACAAAGGAAGCGAUCCAAUGCCUGGUGUUUGCUGACUCUUAUACCAGGAAAACUGACAAUUUCACAGCGCCAUGUUUGUGGGUAGGCACCAGUUUGGGAUCUGUUCUAGUCAUUGUUUUGAACCUCCCACCACCUGGCGAGCAAAGAUUGACACAACCAGUGAUCGUCUCCCCAAGCGGUACAAUAUUUCGGCUGAAGGGCUCCAUACUGACCAUGUCCUUCCUGGACUGUAAUGGGGUGCUGAUUCCAACAAUGACAGACCAGUGGAAAGACAUCCACAGGGAACCCUCCAAAGAUGAGAAGAAAGAUAAAGACAAGUCAAGUCGUAAGUUAGAGAUCAUUAGACAACAAUCUGUGUGUAGUAAACCGAAGAUUUCCCCAUCUCCCUCAACAGAUGUCCUGGACAGGCAGUUUGCUAUCAUAGUGUCAGAAAAACAAGCCCGGGUUAUGUCAUUACCUUCCCAAACCUGUGCUUACAAAGUCAAAGUGACAGAUACCUCUUUUGUAGUCAAGGCUGAAGUCGUUGGAAUACGAGACAGCGUGUGCCUAUGCUGCUACGUAGGCAACGGGCGAUUGAUGGCAUUUAGUUUACCAAGCCUUAAACUUCUCCUUGAUAAAAAUUAUCUCCCUUUAACAGACCUAAGAGUGGCCCGGACAUUUAGCUUCAGUAGUAAUGGUCAUGCCCUAUACCUCUGCUCACCCACGGAGGUUCAGAAAAUGACUAUAUCAUCUGAUAUCAGUGUCAGCCUGAAUGAGAUGUGAGACCUGUUCCUUCCAUGCGAGACCCCAGAAGCUCCUAAACUAGGCUUCUUCAAGAAUUUCUUUGGUGCAACAGGGUCAACCCUGGACCGUGAAGAGCUCUUUGGCGAGGCAAGUGGGAAGGCAUCUAAAGGGCUAGCUAAAUUAAUCCCAGGCUCAGGAGGCAUGCAGCACCUACAGGCUCAGUCUGGCUCCGUCAUGGGAGAGGUGGCCAGAACCAGACAGGCGCUGUCAGAGAGAGGGGAGAAAUUAGGAGAACUAGAUGAGAAGACAGCUCAGAUGAUGGCUCAGGCUGAGAGUUUUCAUAAUGCGGCUCACCAAAUCAUGCAAAAAUACAAGGAUAAGAAAUGGUACCAGUUCUGAAGGAGUCCUUAAUGCCCUUUCCUGGAUACUGUUCAUUAUACCAAGGUGCACGUAGACUGCUGCAGUCAGUAUGUUUCCCUAUACAGGAUAGACUUGUGUCAGGCCAACGUGCCAUGUGCGCUGACUGUCUACCCUGGACACUACUGAACUGUUAGGACUGUCCCAAAAUUUGACUGAUACGGGAAGCUUUGGUGUGGAUGUAGGUGGGAGUUAACAAGGGGUUGCGCCUACUCGCUUGCACGCACAUGAAUUGAGGAGAAGAGAUUGAGGGAUUUAUGGCUCCCAUGUGAUAGCCCAGGCCCCAGACACUGAUAUUAUAGUACAGAACAAAUGACCAGAAGAAAUCGCCAGAUAGACGUUGUUGUUUUUAUGAGGUUAAAAGUUUGGAGUAAUCCACUAGGCAUUGGUUUCUAAACGCUCUUACUACAAAGUCAGCCAGUGGAACUGCAUCUGCAUUUUUCUUACAAACUCAUAAUAUCUGUUCCCGGAGUUUUAUUGUUAAGAUUCUGUUAAUAAUACAUUGGCAAAGUAUGCUGUAGUACUGCUGUUUUAUAGAGAUUAAGUAAGAUCAUAUCGAAGCCCAUUUGACUGAAAUUAUGGGUCACAUAGAAUAAAACUUUGACCUCUGGCAUGUUUAAACAAGUGAACUUCCAUUCAGCAUCAAUAUGUGUUACUUCUCAAGUCAGGGCACUGUAAUGUUGUGUACAAAUUAAUUAUAGAUAAUAUAUAUCUAUUUCUACUUGGCAGUUUUUACCUUUCGUUAAAUGUUACCAUUUCAAAUAAUAUCGUGGGAGGCUUUUAACAAAUUUUAACAGCCUGUAUAUAAUUAUUUAUUUUUAUCCUUUUACUUCAUUUUGUGUGAUAAUGAGACUAGGGCAGUUACCAUGUGGAGAAUUUUAUAGCUCCUACAUCUAUUUGUGACUGAGCUGAUAUCAGGGAAUUAUCUGAAGGCACUUCUGUUUUGAUUAGCUGCAAUUAGAAGAACAAUUUACAUGUAGAGCUAAGCCGGUAUUUAAUACUUAAGAAACUGAAGUAACAUCAACAUCAAUCAUGAAUUUGUGACCCAGUUUAAUAAGUAGAGGGCAUUGUGGAACUUGGUUUCAUUGGCUCAAGAAUGGGAGUUGACCAAAAGAAGUCACUAAUUUGAUAUGGCAUCAUUCGAGGACUUAACAAUUGUCACCUCAAUAAAUUUGUAUUUGGUUUAUGAGAUGGGUUUCUGCAGAGGGUUUAAUCUGCGCUCCAGUUUUGUGUUCCUUGUUGUCCAGUUUUUUGGUAAGAAAUGCCUAUUAUUGGAACUCGGCUGAGUUGAAAUGAGCAGUUCUGGGCAAGACAGUCAUGUAAGAUGACACAAAUUACUUCCAUGUUGAAUUGUAGGUAUGCUGGAGAGGUGGACAUGGUACUACAUUUGUUGACCACUGUGUGUAUAUAUAUUAUACUAAUGACUGCUCCUUGUAAACUAAUCUGUUGAGAUGUGUACAAUGUCUAGGGGUAUACUCAAUUUUACCCCCUUUGUCUGUACAUACAUAUAGGGUAUGGCUUGUCACAGUGUUACGAUAAUGCACCCAUUUCUUUUAUUUACGAAUUUGAUGAUAUGUAUAGAGCUUUUGGUUGUAUGCCCCUUUUAAACAGGUGGAGGAUGAUGGCAUACACACACACACACAUGCACACAC